AUGACGCUGCGGGGCGACGGGCGGCGGCCCGACGAGAAGCUGCAGGGCGACGGGCGGCAGCCCGUCGAGGAGAAGAAGUGUUUACCCCUCUCAUGUAUUUAUCCCUCUCAUGUGUUUUUCCCUCUCAUUAUGUGUUUAUCCCUCUCAUGUGUUUAUCCCUCUCAUGUGUUUAUCCCUCUCAUGUGUUUAUCCCUCCCAUGGGCUUAUCCCUCUCAUGUGUUUAUCCCUCUCAUCAUGUGUUUACCCCUCUCAUGUGUUUAUCCCUCUUAUGUGUUUAUCCCUCUCAUGGCUUUAUCCCUCUCAGGUGUUUACCCCUCUCAUGUGUUUAUCCCUCUCAUGUGCUAA